AUGAACGAGCCGCUGCCGACGUACACGCGGCGGGACCAGACGCGCCCGGACUGGGCGCAUAACUACAGCCGCCCGAACGAUGUGCCACCAUCGUACGCGGACUCGGUGCGCUGGUUCUUUUACAAUUCGCUGCGCCCCGCAUUUCUCGUUGCGUCGCUCGUGAGCGCGAUCGGCGCCGCGAUUCUGUGCGGUGUGCAAUGGCGCUCGAUGGGCGAGACGAGCGGCAAGGCACAUAUUUUUAGCCUUGUUAGUGCGGUGCUCUUUACCGUCGUCGCUGUAUUCCAGUUUUACGCGUUUAUGGCGGGCCUGAACAGCCACAUUUCGAUGCUGCGCUCGGCUGUGCGCCUGUCGUAUGUGAGUAUCGGCCUGGCGCUCGCGGCGAUCGCUGUGUCGCUCGCCAAUGUGUACGGCAACCACGACUCGAUAUUUACGGAGUGCAUCCGCGCCGCCUCGGGGCCCGGCGACGACGUGGAAGAGUCGGGGCCGGUCGACACGACCAGAGAAACCGUGACGGACUACUGCCGCUACGACUGGAACGCGGAUACGGUGUGGAACAUUACGUGGCUCGUGAUUAUUGUUCUUUUUGGUGCAUUCUACUUUGUCCUUGCGACGCGCUACCUGAACAAGGUCGAAAACCCGGGCUUUAGCGACGCACGCUCGCGCCCCCUGGCCGCCGACGACAACCACGACUUUGAGGCGGACAUGGAUGGCCCGAACGGGUACGCGAUGGGCGGCCUUGGCCGCCGCUCAAGCCAGGACACGCUGGCAGUUAACGACGAGGCGAUGAUCGAUGCGAAACUCGACCCCAUGGCCGAUGUGUACGGCGGUCGCCGCGACCUGAGCGACGUCGAGGCCGACGGCGAGCGUGCCUCGGUCGACUACCCCCGUAUCAGCCGAGACAGCGACCGCGACGAGUUUACGAGCAUUGCGGAGAACCACUAUGGCGAGCCGGCCACCAUCAUUCCCCUCUCUCGCCCUGCGCCGGCCGCGACGGGAGAGAAGCCAGGGGCCAUGUAG